AUGCUGCCACUACUACGCUUCUCUCUCGCAGAGUCACGAGCCGCACAGUUCACCUCAGUCGUCAGUGAGCUCCACGGCCCGAGGAAGGAAGCAAGCGGCAUCUCUCGGGAACGAACGACGAUGGGGCUGUCCGCCAUCUUCGCCGCGGCCGUGAUGGUCGCGAUCGUCGUGGUGGCGUCGGAGGCGAAGACGACGAUCGAGCCGUGCUCGGGGUCGGACUCCUGCCCGGCGCUGCUGGGCUACACGCUCUACGCCGACAUGAAGGUCUCCGAGGUGGCCGCGCUCUUCGCCACCGACCCGGCCGCGCUCCUCGCCGCCAACGCGCUCGACUUCGCCGCCCCGGGCGCCGCGCACCGCAUCCUGCCCAUGGGCCUCUUCCUCCGCGUGCCCACGCGCUGCGCCUGCGCCGACGGCGUCCGCAAGUCCGUCGCCGUCCGCUACGCCGCGCGCCCCGCCGACACGCUCGCCACCGUCGCCGACGUCGUCUUCGCGGGGCUCGCCUCCGCCGACCAGAUCCGCGGCGCCAACGGCCUCGCCGACGCCGACGCCGACGCGCCGCUCGAUGCGGGCCAGCGGCUCGUCGUGCCGCUCCCCUGCGUCUGCUUCAACUCCACCGACAGCAACCUCCCCGCCGUGUACCUCUCCUACGUGGUGCAGGUCGGGGACACCGUGCCCGCCGUCGCGGCCGCCUACGAGACCACCGUCACGGACGUCAUGAACGUCAACGCCAUGGGCAGCCCCGUCGCCGCGCCGGGCGACAUCCUCGCCAUCCCAUUGCCAGCAUGUGCAUCAUCAUUUCCAAAGACCGCUUCAGACCAUGGACUGCUGGUGGCAAAUGGAACCUAUGCACUUACCGCAGGCAACUGUGUGCAGUGCAGCUGUGGGCCGGGCAAUCUCAAUUUAUAUUGCACACCGGCUUCAUUGUCAGGAUCAUGCCCGAGCACGCAGUGCAGUAACAGCAAUGUGCUGCUCGGCAACGCGAGCACCCACGCCACAAAUGCAGGCUGCAAUGUCUCUUCAUGCAGCUAUGGAGGUUUUGUCAAUGGGACUAUUACAACACUGCUGGACACUGGUCUUCAACCGACAUGCCCAGGACCGCACCAAGUUCCUCUGCUCACAGACCCACCGACGACGGUGAACCGCGACUACUCGACCUCUCUUGCCCCGCUAUCCGCGCCCGUGCCCGCAGAAGCGGGCGGCGUCAUGGCGGAGCCCCCGCCGAAGUCGUCGGAGCACGGAGGGUCCUUCACGCUCCCCAAGGUUUCUCCGACGCAUGGCCCCGCCGGAAGCGUCUCAAAGGCACCACCGCCUCCGAUGAGCAAACCGCAGCGAAUCCUAUCCGGGUUCAUCUUGUGCCUUCUUCUCCAGCACUUCCAUGUGUGA